AUGUUACAUUAUUUCUUGCUCGCGGUCUCGGUUUUUGCCGUCUUUAUUUCCGCCCACAUCCACCCUCCAACCCGCACUCACUUGCAAUACAUUACCGCAGUAAAUCGGACGCAACCCAUCAAACUGCUGGCCUCACCUGCUUGUGGAGCCCUCACUUCAUCGCAUUUCACUGAAGUCAACACCGGUGUAAAGUUGAAUGCGACCAAAACCAUCGUUGCUUUUGGGGACUCCUGGACAUCAAAUGGUUCCAACGGAACGAUUCCGUUUGCACCGAUGGUAUUUCCCCCCAAUCCUUCUGCUGGUGCUCGAUUCGGAAAUAAUUUCCGCGCUCGGGCAAGCAAUAGCUACGUUUGGGUGGAAAACCUGGCAAAUACACUGGGAGCAAAACUCAUUGACUACGCUGUUGGCGGCGCUGUCGUCGACCUCUCAGCCUGGAACUCGACGAACAAGGGCGUGACUUUCACCUCGGACAACCUGCUACGUGUGGAUUUCAUUGAACAAACGAAUUUGUUCCUCCAGCAAGGUCGUUUUCUAAGUAACCUCGAUCCUGAUACGACUCUAUACACUAUCCAUUUUGUCUCCAGUGACUUCAACCAAUUCUCGAUUGCAGAUGGCGAUUGGAAUAUUGCUGCCAACACAUUCUUGCGGCAAAUCGGGAUCCUACAGCAAAACGGAGCAAGAAACUUCCUUGUUCACUGGCUAUAUACUUCGAACAACGUUACAAAUGCAUUCCAGGACGUCGUUCAUCAUGGCCUCAAGGCCGCUCAUGCAGAGAACGGCACCAACUUCGUUACUGUGAAUUUUAACAAGCUCUAUAGCGCCAUUCUCAAUGAACCAGAAGUUUGGGGAUACAACAACAACACCUGGUGUGCCCCGUUAAACUUCCCCUUGAAAAAUACGAGAAUUAACCUCGUUUGUAGUCUUGUCAGCCAAAACUUCACGACCUUCGGGUGUGAUGACCCCGAUCACAGCAUCUUCUACAUUCCGAACCAUCCCUCGGGAACAACGCAUGAAAUUAUGAGCCAGUACACAAUACUCACUGCAGAAACAUGUAUCUAG